AUGACGAACGUAGUGCAUAUAACCGGUCUAGUUAAUGAAUUUGAAAUGGAGGAUCUUGAAGGUAUUUGUCGCCUAUAUGGUGCCGUUGAACAAAUCAGGCUUGGUAGAGGAGUACCAAAAGAAGCGUUCGUUGAAUUUAAGGACCCACAGUCGGCGGCUAACUUAGCGGGAGCACUGAACGGACAAGAAAUGUGUGGCGAUACCAUUAAAACUGAAUUAUACGUAAAUUAUAAUAACGAAUGUGAUUCGUUCAGAUCACGAAAAUAUAGAAAGAGGGAAACGCUCUCGACGAGGCGGGAUACGUCGGAAUCAAGAACUAAGGACUGCGGGCGUCAAAGGUCAUUCAGAAUGUAUGAUACAAAUGGUGGGAGUAGGGAUGCAAACAAACAUAGUAACCCAUUUAGAGGUCGAAGGCGAGAAGUUGACAAUAGAGGGAGUUCCUCGAAUUGCAGGAGAGUGCCUGCAAGUAAAGAUCAGAUAGCCUUGAAACGGGAUCGGUCUGAAUCGAGGGCUCGUGUAGUUAACCAGCGUAUCUCUUACGGAGGCAGAUAUCACUCUAAGAGGGAUGGAGGCUUCCGCCGAAAUGAUCGUUCUAAAACAAGUAGGUACCAUGCCGGGAGAUCACGGAAUGAUUUGAACCAGGAUAAGGAACGAAAUCAUUUGGAUGAGGAUAAGGAACGGAACACGGAUAAAUAUGGACGCUUCACCAACCGGGAUCGGUCUGAAUCACCCCGUCGAAAAUAUCGCUCGGUAGUUGUACAACCUGCCAAACGACGCCGAGUCGAUUCGGUUGGAUCAAGUUACAGCACCACGUCCAGUCAGCAUUCCUCAGUAAUUAGUCGUGGCGUUACACCAGAUAGUGGAAACUGGGAUUGA